AUGCGCCUUUCCACCCUUUUCCGCUCAGUAUUCCUCGCCACAGCCGCAACAUGGGCAGCUGCACUGCCUGAAAGCCCCAGGGCACACCCCGAGGAUGGUGCUGCUGCUGCCGUGCCGCGUAUCAUUGGGGGAGCCCCCGUCUCCGACAACAGUCUCGGGUUCACUGCUCGUAUUGUCGCCAGGCCUCUCUUCGAUACAACUCUCUGCACCGGUUCACUGAUCGCUCCCAACGUCGUCCUCACUGCUGCCCACUGCUUGACAUAUGUGGGCAACAUCAAAUUCUUUGGAGUCCCGCUGUCCAUCACGUUCGGCUAUUCAAGCACCUCACCUGGCCAGACAUACAACUCGACCAAAUACUAUAUCCAUCGCGGCUAUGACACGGAGUUGGCCCACCACGAUAUCGGGGUGAUCAUCCUUCCAACCAACGUCCCGGCCGAUGUUGCUACACCCGUCAAAAUCUACACCGGUGGCUACAACGAAGAAACUGUAUUCACGGUUGCCGGCUACGGUGUGACUAAGGAUGGAAGCACUAAGCCUGCAGACGAGCUGAUGCAGGCGGAGCUCAAAAUUGGCGACAAGGUCUUUUGCGAGCACUCUUACCCUAUGUGGGAUAUCGCGACCCAGAUCUGCCUUGCUCGCAAUGAUGGGCGCGAUACUUGCGUGGGUGACUCUGGCGGCCCCGCUGUUGUCCAUGACGAGGAUGGCAAGAUUGCUCUUCUGGGUAUCACUUCCUUUGGUGCCGGGGCCCAGCUGAGGAACCCAAAGUGCGGCGCAGAUAAUGUAGCUGGCUACUACACCGACGCUUCAGAGUACAUCAGCUGGAUCGCCUCUGCGACAGACUUGAAACCAGCCAAAUUUACGACAGCCAACUCGACUGGAAACUCUGCCACGCGGCCUUACAAUGGUGACACCACAAACAGCUACUUCAGCCAGUAUAUGGAGCUAUUAGAGGCAUCCUCACUGGAGUAUCUUGAUGUGGAGGAGACGACUGCAGCACCUGUGGUGAAUGGUGCAAACAUUGGACAUUCCUUGCUCCCUUCGCUCGGUACAGGUGUGGGGCUGGCUGUUGUUAGUCUGCUCUCAGUUGUUGUGUAG